CAUCCGUCCGUGGUGUUGGACCCUUCCAGCCUUCUCCAGCCGCGGCUUGCAUCAGUUCCACAUCCUGUCGGUCCCGGUCCGGCCAUUGUCUGCAGCCUUUACACUUACAUAUCUACCUCCCACUCGCCUCGCUGCCUACCUUACCUACACUCCUCUUCCACUUUUUUGCUCUUCAUUCAAGCCAGUCCCAUCACCACGGCACCAACAACAACAACAACAGCCAAGGACGCCACCACCACCACCACCACCACCCAACAGAGCUACCGACCUCAACUUUCUUCCUCACAAUAAAAAACAAACAACAACCGAACAAAAUGCGCUCCCUCUCCCUCUUCCCCACCGUCCUCCUCUCCCUCACCACCCUCGCCAACGCCCACUUCCUCUUCAACUACCCGCCCUCCCUCGAAGGCUCCUCGAUCGACGAGGACAAAGAACCCGACGCCCCCUGCGGCGCCAAGACCCCUAACCUUUCGUCUGACACAACUACUACCGACUUCCACGUCGACGGCGACUUCAUCUCGCUCUAUGCCGGCCACCCGCAGUUCACCUGGCUGUACCGCGCCUCGGUGCAAGAAGUCAGCGAGGGCAACUGGACGCAGCUGUUCCCGAUCGUGCAGCAGAGCGGUCUGGGCGAUUUCUGCUCGACGCAGGUGAAGGCGCCCAAGGAGUGGGUGGGCAAGAAGGGCGUGGUGGGCGUUGCUGGGAUUGGUGGAGAUGGGACUUUGUUCCAGUGCGCCGUCGUCAACUUCGUCGAGGGCACCAACGCCAACAUGCCGAGCGCGUGCAAGAACAGCACGGGCGUCACGGCCGCUUACACCAGCGAUGCUGACCUGACCAAGUUGGUCGGUGACCAUGUGGAGGCAUCCCCGAGUGCCACGGGUACCGGUGCUGCCCCGGCUCCUUCGACUACCGACAAGACUGAGAAUGCUGGUGUGGUUGUUCGUGGCGGAGGCCUCGCGGCGCUGGGUGCUGCGGUUGUUGCUGGUGUUAUGAUGCUUUAAUACUCUGGGGGGAGAUAAUGAGGAAAGUCGCGGCGGUCCAAAGGAAAAGGGUGGUCACUCAGGUCAAGAUAGAUAUGGGGAGCAGCAUAGGACGCUGUAUAGGCAUUAUAAUGUGAUAUUGUUAAUGACCAGUUUUGUGUUCCAUUGUGUUGGUGAUG